AUGCUGGCCGCCCUCAACCGGUUCAUCUCAAAAUUUUCAGAUCGGUGUUGUCCUUUUUAUCAGCUUUUGAAGAAGUGGAAGGGGUUUUGGUGGGAUGAUGAAUGUGAAAAAGCUUUCCAGAACCUUAAGGAAUACUUAGGGCGAGCACCAAUGUUGAGUGCAUUAGAGCCCGGAGAGGAAUUGUUCAUAUACCUCUCUGUAUCCAAACAUGCUAUAAGUGCAGUGCUUUUAAGGGACCAGGGAGUACAACGGCCUGUGUAUUAUAUCAGCAAGACUCUAGUUGACGCCGAGACCAGGUAUUUGCCCUUGGAGAAAUUGGUGUUGGCCCUAGUGCAUGCUACCAGGAAAUUGCCUCAGUACUUCCAGACUCAUACCGUAUAUGUGCUGACCGAACAUCCUUUACAAUCAUUAUUGAAAAGAUCUGAUCUCACGGGGCGAAUUGCUAAGUGGGGGACACGGCUCGGGGCAUUCGACGUGAGGUAUAAGCCGAGAAAUGCAGUAAAGGGGCAAGUAUUAGCAGAUUUUGUAGCAGAAUUCUCUCCUAAAGGGGAAAUGGUCUGUCAGGUGGAGCACCGCCCGUGGAAGGUACAUGUGGAUGGGGCUUCCAACGCCAAAGGGGCCGGAGCCGGGGUAGUCAUAAUCACCCCGGAAGGAAUUCUCUUGGAGCAUUCGUUCAGAUUGGGGUUUAACGCUUCCAACAAUAAGGCAGAGUAUGAAGCUUUGCUUGCCGAACUGAGGGCAGUUUCACAAUUAGAGGCCCUGGAUGUAGAGAUUUAUUCGGAUUCAAGACUCAUAGUCAACCAAGUGCAAGGGAGUUUUGAGGCUCGAGAUCCUCGGAUGAAAACAUACUUAGACUUGGUGAAGCAGGUCAUGGACGACUUUUGUAUGGUGAAGGUGAUUCAAGUGGCCCGAGCACAGAACAGACAUGCUGACUUUCUCGCCACUUUGGCAUCGUCAAUUGCCAAAGAUAUUCCCCAGCUUAUCAGAGUGGAACUUGUUCCCGAACCUACUAUUAAGGCGGCAGGAAAUGAAGAGGCUACAAGAGUCAAAGUCACAGCAGUCGUAACACUUAGAUCGAGCUGGAUGGACCCCAUCAUAGAUUUCUUGGUCGAUGACCGGAUUCUGGACGAUGAGAAGGAGGCCAACAAGGUUCACAGGGUGGCCUCCCAGUAUUGGUUGUCCGGAGAUCGGGGAAACUCUAUCGUAGGUCAUUUGGAGGGCCAUAUCUGUUAUGCUUACACCCGGAGAAGGUAG